GUGUUGGAGGGAGGAGAGUUUGUGGCUGAGCUGCAGCUGCACCACAACUACACACUUUACUGCAAAUACUACAAAUACUCACUACUGCACUCACGACCAGUACUACAAAUACUCACAACUACAGAUACUACAAAUACUCGUGUACUUGUACUUUUGCGUCAGAGCGUCAUGUUUCUUCAGUUUUUAUUUUAUAUUUGGACGUUUUUUGGAUUUUUUUGUUUCGGUUCAAAAUCUUCAAGAUUCUGUGAAAACAACAUGAGACUUCGUUGGGUCUGCGCUGGAGUCCUGGACCGGGUCUUCGUCCCGUGUCCUCUUCUUCUGAACUCUGAGGACUUCAGUCUCCAGCUGCUCCAGAACCGGACCGUGGUCUGGACCUUCUGCUCGCCGCCUCGGCCCAACUGCGGCCCCGCCCCCACGUCCCCCACCGCAGCCAAUCAGAGCGCAGACCUCGCCCCCGCCGUCAUCCUGACCAAUCAGAGCUCUCGGCAGCAGGGCUUCUCCGUCCCCGUGUUGGACGAGAGAGACGAGGGUGUGUACAGCUGCCACGGACGCUCCAAGUACCCGCCCCCGGUCCGGACCGAGACCGGACCAGAGCAAGUCCUGGUCCUGAUCCAAGGUUUUCACUGUGGACUCAGAUUGAACAAACUGGACUCAGGUCCAGACCAGGUCCAGACUCUGGAUCAGGUCUGGAUCAUCGCUGUGGCGACUCUGAGCAUCUACAGCCUCUUCACCACCGUCUCCUGCGCCGCACUCUGGGUGAGGUGCAGAGGAGCAGAGGAGGAGAGUGAUUAUGUGAACACCAAACCUCCUCCACACUGGAAGAACCGAAGAUGAACUGAGACCAAACGCACCCGUGUGUCAUCUGUCCUCCAC